AUGUCGUCAAAUACAGAAGAUCAAGUGAUAAAGAAAAUAUUAAAAAAGACCUGCUCAACAGUUCAAAAUUCUACAUGGUUAUAUUGUGGAAACAACUUGGGUUGGGCUGCUAAAAAAAGAACUGUCUGUUGUAAAAUUGAAUACAUUAAUGCAAUACCUCACUUUCGAAUCAAGUAUGGUUCUAAUUUUCAACAUGUUAUUUCUUUAACUCAAUCCACAUCAAAUGCAACACUUAAAUAUGAACAAAUUUUAAAUCCAGAAACUAAAGCUAUUAUUUCAGAAUCUCUUUUAUUUGGAUUGCAAUUAGACAGUGUACGUAAAGUACGUAAAUUAAGAAAAAGAGAAAAUUUAAUCAAACUAGCUCUCAACUGUACUCCUUUGAUGCUUGAAAAAUAUGCUAAAAAAAUUGCAACAAAAGUACAAUCUAAUUUCAAAAAAGAUGUUAAGAAAAUUUAUUACAAAUCUGAUCAAAUUGUAUUAAAGAAUAUUGAAUUUUCUGUUAAUGAAAAUGAUUAUUUUCAAGUAAAUUUUGGUUCUGAAGAUGAAGCUAAUAAAGCCCACCAACUCUAA